GGGAGGGGAGAGAAAGGGAGUUACCAUCGCCUUGGCAUCGCUCUUCCUUUCAAACCUCUGUGUAAUGAUAUUGUUUGCAGUGAUGCUCAGACAGCGAGCACCUGCUGCUCUGUAAUGAUUCAGCCUCUUUCAGCCGCCGCUGUAACGCGACAGGAUGCUGCUUCUACUGUCACUUCUGCCGCUGCCGCUGUUGUUACAGAUUUUGCUUUUGCUCCUUCUACCGCAUGACAAUUGUUUUCCUCGCCUAAGCAGAUACCAGCCUCAGAUGCUCAAGGUGAGAGUCUUGCCUUUCGCUCUGGGCUAUUGGCUCACUUAAUCCGGUCAAUUUGUUCGCUGCUCGUGGUUGUCUUUCUCCCCGCCCUCCUUCCCCCUGUUUUGUUUUGUUUCGCUUGCUUUCGGGGGUGACGCUUCUUCCCUCACUCAGAAGAGCUGGAAUUGCUUGAGAGGCAUAUAAGGAAUUAUAAAAGUGGCCAGGAAACAAGAGCGCAGUGACUGCAGAGCUGCCCUUGGCUUCGGCAAGGCAGCGUGAGUGGCAGAGGGCUCGGGCAGGGGGCGGGGGUCUCCUUUUUCCUGUGCGUUCCUCUUCUCCCAGUUCGGAUGAUGUUGCUGAGCUUGGACCUCUCAUUGACUCCCGCCCUGUGAUUUUUGCUGAGCGCUGUGACUGUUACUCCAUCUCUUUUUGUCUGUGUUUCACAGUAAUGGACUGUGAUAGAGUUAAGGCCUUUUGGAGGUGAGCUGUGUCAGAGCUGAUGCUUAAACAUGUCUGAAGUAGCCACCGAGACUUUCCCCAGCCCCUCGGCUCAGCUGAGCCCUGACACUUCCCUUGAUGGGCUCCCGGCUGAGGAGAACAUGCCAGGGCCCCACAGAGAGGACAGCAGGGUCCCAGGGGUGGCAGGCCUGGCUGCGACCUGCUGUGUGUGCCUGGAGGCAGAGCGACUGAAGGGCUGCCUCAACUCCGAGAAGAUCUGCAUCGCCCCUAUCCUGGCUUGCCUGCUCAGCCUCUGCCUCUGCAUUGCUGGCCUCAAGUGGGUCUUUGUGGACAAGAUUUUUGAGUAUGACUCUCCUACACAUCUUGACCCUGGGAGGAUAGGACAAGACCCAAGGAGCACUGUGGAUCCUACAGCUCUGUCUGCCUGGGUGCCUUCAGAGGUGUAUGCCUCACCCUUCCCCAUACCUAGCCUUGAGAGCAAGGCUGAAGUGACAGUGCAAACUGACAGCUCACUCGUGCCCUCCAGGCCUUUCCUUCAGCCUUCUCUCUACAACCGCAUCCUAGAUGUCGGGUUGUGGUCCUCUGCUGCACCAUCACUGUCCCCAUCCUCCCUGGAGCCUACCGCGGCAUCUCAGGCACAAGCAACAGAAACCAAUCUCCAAACUGCUCCAAAACUUUCCACUUCCACAUCUACAACUGGGACAAGUCAUCUCACAAAAUGUGACAUAAAGCAGAAAGCCUUCUGUGUAAAUGGGGGAGAGUGUUACAUGGUUAAAGACCUCCCAAAUCCUCCACGAUACCUAUGCAGGUGCCCAAAUGAAUUUACUGGUGAUCGCUGCCAAAACUACGUAAUGGCCAGCUUCUACAAGCAUCUUGGGAUUGAAUUUAUGGAAGCUGAGGAACUGUACCAGAAACGGGUGCUGACAAUAACUGGCAUUUGCAUUGCUCUUCUAGUAGUUGGCAUCAUGUGUGUGGUGGCCUACUGCAAAACCAAGAAGCAGAGGAAAAAGUUGCAUGACCGCCUUCGGCAGAGCCUUCGCUCAGAGAGGAACAAUGUGAUGAACAUGGCGAAUGGGCCACACCACCCCAACCCACCACCAGACAAUGUCCAGCUGGUGAAUCAGUACGUUUCAAAAAACAUAAUCUCCAGUGAACGUGUCAUUGAGCGAGAAACGGAGACCUCGUUUUCCACAAGCCACUACACCUCAACAACACAUCACUCCACGACAGUCACCCAGACACCUAGCCACAGCUGGAGUAACGGCCAUACCGAAAGCAUACUCUCCGAAAGCCACUCUGUGCUCGUCAGCUCCUCAGUGGAGAAUAGCAGGCACACCAGCCCAACAGGGCCACGAGGCCGCCUCAAUGGCAUUGGUGGGCCAAGGGAAGGCAACAGCUUCCUCCGGCAUGCAAGAGAGACUCCUGACUCCUACCGAGACUCUCCUCACAGCGAAAGGUAUGUCUCAGCUAUGACUACACCAGCUCGCAUGUCACCCGUUGAUUUCCACACUCCGACUUCUCCCAAGUCCCCUCCAUCUGAAAUGUCACCACCAGUUUCCAGCUUGACCAUCUCCAUCCCUUCGGUGGCAGUGAGUCCCUUCAUGGAUGAGGAGAGACCGCUGCUGUUGGUGACCCCGCCGCGGCUGCGUGAGAAGUAUGACAACCAUCUUCAGCAAUUCAACUCCUUCCACAACAAUCCCACCCAUGAGAGCAACAGUCUGCCACCCAGUCCUCUGAGGAUAGUGGAGGAUGAGGAGUAUGAGACCACACAGGAGUAUGAACCAGCACAGGAGCCUCCAAAGAAACUCGCUAACAGCCGGCGGGUGAAAAGAACAAAGCCCAAUGGCCAUAUUUCCAGCAGGGUCAAAGUGGACUCCGACACAAGCUCUCAGAGUGCUAGCUCUGAGAGUGAAACAGAAGAUGAAAGAAUAGGUGAGGAUACACCAUUUCUUAGCAUACAAAAUCCCAUGGCAACCAGUCUGGAGCAGGCCGCUGCAUAUCGGCUGGCUGAGAGCAGGACUAACCCAGCAAAUCGCUUCUCCACACCAGAAGAGUUGCAAGCAAAGUUGUCCGGUGUAAUAGCUAACCAAGACCCUAUUGCUGUAUAAGACAUAAACAAAACACAUAGAUUCACAUGUAAAACUUUAUUUUAUAUAAUGAAGUAUUCCACCUUUAAAUUAAACAAUUUAUUUUAUUUUAGCAAUUCUGCUGAUAGAAAACAAGAGAGGAAAAAAAAAAAAACUUUUAUAAAUUAAGUAUACGUAUGUACAAAUGUGUUAUGUGCCAUAUGUAGCAAUUUUUUACAGUAUUUCCAAAAUGGGGAAAGAUAUCAAUGGUGCCUUUAUGUUACGUUAUGUUGAGAGCAAGUUUCGUACAGCUACAAUGAUUGCUGUCCCGUAGUAUUUUGCAAAACCUUCUAGCCCUCAGUUGUUCUGGCUUUUUUGUGCACUGCAUUAUAAUGACUGGAUGUAUGAUUUGCAAGAAUUGCAGAAGUCCCCAUUUGCUUGUUGUGGAAUCCCCAGAUCAAAAAGCCCUGUUAUGGCACUCCCACUCUUAUCCACUUCACCAGGAAAAAAAAGAAAAAAAAAAAAAAAAAAAAAAAAAAAAAAGAGAAAAAAAAGAAAAGGAAAAAAAAAGCUGAAAAAAUAAUGAAAAAAAAAAAAAAGCCUGUUUUCUUCUAUAAGACAUUUUAUUUGCUUUCUGUAUAUGAAAAGAGUUUUGUCUGCUCUCUGUCAGCCAAAAGGUUUGCUUUGUUGAGCACUGGGGUAAUAGUAGAUCCAACAGCAUGCUACUAUUAAUUACAGCAGGAUAACAAACAAAACAAACAAACAAAAAAAACCUGCAUUAAGUAAUGUUAUUUAUAGAAAGAAAGUAAUACUGUGAUUUUAAACCAAAUAUAUUAUUAAUCAGAGGUCAGCUUGUAAUCACUAAGAGCUGCCAUUUCAUUAUUUUCCAGAUAUUAAUUGUUCUAGUUAUCCCUUAGAAAAUGGGUUUAGGUUAGCUGAGGCUUUGAACCCAAUAAUCUAUUUAAAAUCUAAAAAAUUUAAAAAAUAUUUAAAAAAAAUAAAAAAAUAAAAUAAUUUAAAAAAAAAAAGAUUUAUAUUAGUUUAAGUUAAUGGGGCAAAUAUUAUAGCAGAUAUCUGUAACUAAGCAAGGAAGAGAUCUAGCUGGAAAACAAAUGCCACUAAUAAAAGUGCAAUCAGUUUUCACCUCUAUUUUUUAAUGUUGAUUUUUAAAAGAUGAUUUAUUCCCUUUUUUCCCCUCAAUUUUCUCCCUUUUCUUCUCCUCCUCAAAAAGAACCCUGAUAAGCUUCUAGCAAUACCUUGUUAGCAUUGCUUUUAGAGUAAGGGUUGUUCUUGGACACAGAAAUUACUUUCAGGGAAGAAUUUAUCUGCUGGAUAACAGUAAAGUGGUAGGAAGAAGGAAGGACAUAGCAAAAGCAUGGAGUCCAUUUCUAGCUGCUUUUAUUGACUCCGUUGUUUAGGGUGGAGAAAACAAGGCUGAUGUAAGACCAUGUAUGAAGUCAAGCACAUGAUUUGAGUUACAGCCGUACUAUGAGUGGCUAUUAGAUAUGAAUGUCUAUACAGACAGUGAUGGCCUUGAAGUCUUUGACUAUAAGAGUGCUGUCAGUGCUGGAGCUGUUGCAUCCGUUCAGACAGAAGCAAAUGGCCUCUUUUGCACUGAAUUCCUAUCAGUUUAGUCAGGGUCACUCUGCUUCUUCUCUUCUUUUGAUUUUUGUUGUGUUCAGUUGGCACAGCAUAGACUCAGGAUUGAUGUGGAAAACAAAUGUUUUUCCUAGACUCCGGGGAUUCUGAAAAUGAGAACAUGUGUUCUACAGGUAUUACUGGACUCUAAAUAAGAGCCAUGUCAAGAGAACAAGAAUUUCAGCCAAACUACGCUCAUCCUUUGGGCCACGUCCUGGUCCCAGUUAAAUGAAGAGAAAUAAGUCAAAGAAAUUUUUGUGAUAUGUACACCCAAGGAACUAAAGUCCUGACUCAGUAAAUUGUUCAAGCAUAUGCUUAUGCUAAUCCCAGCAGAAGUUAUCUUCAGCAUGUGCUAGACUCCCAUUGAUGCAUCCGGUGUAUGCAUAAAGUUAAGCAUGUGCUUGAGAGUUUUGCUGAAUACAAUGUCCUGUUGGUUUGAGAUCUGAAAGCAAAGUCUAGUAAAUGAAGCCCUUUAUCAGGAGGAUGAAAAUUAGCUAGUUUCUCAUAGUAGAGAUGAGAUGCGUCACACUAUUAACAUGGAGGAAUCCAUUUAAGGACCAGAUUCAACAGAACAACAAUAAACUCAGAAAAGGAAGAAAAUGAUGAUGAUGUUGAGUACUAGGAUGUUGGUGGUAGAAGCAAAAGAUCAGUACAGCUUUGGGCUACAUGGUGGCUGAAAUAGCACUGAUUAUUUGAGAAGUCUAUGGCAUAUGGCAAAGCUUGGCAACUACGAGUUGUCUGGACUCAGGUCCCCUUUGCCAUUUUUUCCCUAGCUGGCAUGUACUUGAACACACUUUGCCUUUGCAGACCAGAACAAAAGCUCUGUACAAAUUCUAUAUACCAUACACUCAUUUUCAUCCCCUUAGUCAUGCCUAUUUAUCUGCAGUCCCAUGCAGCAGUAAUUCCAUCUCCCCAGUAACUGCAGCUCAGUAACACAGAGGGCCAGGUGAACUUUCCUUACACAGACCAUCAGUUCCCAAGGAUUUGCACUCUCAAGUUUCCAGAGGCACUUGAAUUCCUGUUCUUUCAGUAAGGCUUCUUAUACAGCAACAAUCUUGCAAGACAGACUAGGCAGAAAAAAAAGAAAAAAAAGAAGAAGAAAAAAAAAAAAAAAAAGGAGCAGAGGAACAAGAGAUUUGUCCCCAAAUCACCUGUUUUAGUGUCAGAAUAGAGAUUAUAAUGCGGGGCUUUCGUAAUCUCCUCCAGUAUAGAUUACCUACAAGACCAGCUCACAAACAGGGGUCUGUGAUACCCCAGAUAGAUUAAUCAGGAAGGAAAGCUUUGAAGUGGAGUAAAUUAUCUGACUACCAAAUAAGUUCAAUACAAAGGGAAACAGCAAUCAUGUGCCUGGGAGCUGGAUACACACGAUUUAUUCAGUGUGGAUCUAGGAGAAAAUGUCACAUCUCUUCUGACGCAGUGCCUCAAAGUGUUGUGCAGUCUCUGCUCCACCGCCAGGUACAUACAGUAGUGUGUUGUAGAGUAAGCAUGAAAUUAGGCUGGGGACUUCACAUGGACCUAAGAACAAGAAAAUACAAUUGGGGAUAUGGCUGCCUAAGCCCUUAGGUCUUUGGGGAGAACCCAGCCUUACAGCACAACUCAUGCAACAGUGAGUUAUGGGAGUUGCCCUGGCUUGGCACUCACAGAAGUGGGAGCAGAACACAGCCUCUCCCCUCUGGACUUGAUUUUAGCAUACUGUGAGGAGGGUAGGCAUCGUCCACAUCAGACAAGUCCGUACCCCAAAGCUAGCAAGUCUACGUGGCCACAGGUUCUGCUGACAGACUGCAGCCAUCUCCUGCUGGCCUAGGUGCUGUGGACUGCAGCAAUGCAGAGCAGAGCCAGCAAGUGCCUACGGGGAAAGCCAGCUCCCCUGGGGGAUGUUCACUUAAUUACCCGGACCUCUGAGCUAGGCAGUCUCAACAUACUUGUGCCAGGUUGUUCAGAUUGUCCUUGUUUAUUUCCAUGUCAUUUAAUUUGAGCUGUGAGCUUUCCCUGCAUGUUUAUUUAUAUGCAAAAGUUCUCCAGGAAAAAAAUGCUUCCUUUAAGGGCAUGUAUCUGGAAGAUGAUGUUCACAACCUGGUGCAGCCUGCCUGGUGUAGAACAUUACAGCUCCACAGAAGUUUUAUUAUAACAGAAAAACCUACCCCCUCCUCUCGGCCCAUAUUCCCUUCCUCACUUGAGCCACCCCAGCAUCCCCAGAUUUGAGAGAUCAACCACUGCCUUUAUCAGGAACCAGGGAAGCUCAGUCCUCCAAAACAAUACUGCAUCUCCCUGCUUUUGUCACACAUACCACAAGCAGUUACCUGAACAUCCAGGAUAGCAAACUUGUGUUCCUUCAAAGAACACACCUCAACCUGUUGGAUACUUCCUGGCUCUGCAGUGUGGCUACAUACCAUCCGCUGGGACUUACUUCUAGUAAGAAACAAAAAAAGCACCUAUGAAAUGCUGCAGAGAAGGGCAGACAAAGAACAUGGCCAAUUAUCAUCAUUUGUAAUUCUCUAUUCUAUUGUAAAUACAUCUUGUACAUACUUGGAUGUUUUCAUCAUUUACUGUCUUUAUGGAUUAUGUGUUAAAUAAGACUCUCUUAGUUUAUUGUGUAACACUGUAAAUAACAUAAGGUCCUUUAUUAUUUAUGCAUAGUCAUCUAACACGCGGAGAAAGUUAUCCUCAUAUUAUUUUAAGAUAUAUGUCAAAAAUAUGUUGCAUUUUUCUUUUUGCUUUGAAAAAAAAAAUUGUAAUAUAUCCUCUUUUUCCCCUCUUUUCCUUUAAAAGAAAAAAAAAAAAAAAAGAAUGCUAAUUUAUUGUUCAGGAGAGAAAGGGGAUGUAACUGAAAGGCAAACUGUUCAAAGAACAUGCUAUGGAAGCCACAAGCUACUGAUAAACUAAAGAAUUUAUUAUCCCAAAUACAGCAAUAAGUAAUUGUUGAUUUAUUAAGGUUUUGUUAUUCAUUUUAAGUAAAAGAGGUGCUGGAUUAAA